AUGGCGACUUACACGCAUUGGUAUGCGCUGCUACUUUUCGCUCUUUUCACUCUUGGAGUAUUCGGUCCUGGUCUCGCAUACUUAUCUCCCACCAAAUAUAUAUGUGCUGGACCUAAGGACAUGGGUAAUGUUUCUACCCAGCUUCAGUUCUUUGGUUCUUUGAGCUCAUGUCUGCAUCGUCAAAAUUACAUGCGAAGAAGCAAGAAGGCAUACCUCGGACGGCGUGCUUUGUACUAUAGUAACAGUACUGCUACGACUCAGCUAUUACUGUUGAAGCUAUCUGGAAACGUGGAGUCUAAUCCCGGCCCUCAGGGGCCUCAAGGAAGUUUUAAUAAUUCUUCUAAAACACUUUGUAGUAAUUGCGCUAAAACCAUGAGAAGGAACCAAAAUGGCGUCCGCUGCUUGUCUUGCCCGGCAGUAUUCCACAUCAAAUGUACGAAAAUGAGCAAGAACGAGCUGUCCUGCUAUCGGAGAGAAGGGAUCUGGUAUUGCUUUUCUUGUACGAUGCCUCAGUUUUCUGACAGCUUCUUUGAUGAUCUCUCACCUUCGGCGGUAUGCGAUUCAAGCUCCACUGGCGAGGUCUUUGAGAUUGCGGAGGAACAUUCAGGAGACUCUGUUGACUGGUUUUUUAGGAACGUCAAUGGUUACUACAAAUCCAAUCUGAAAAUAGGUCAUUUGAACAUCAACUCUUUACAAAAUAAGCUUGACGAGGUCAAGAAUAUUCUUAACAAGUGCCUAUUUGACAUUUUCUUUAUUUUGGAGACAAAACUCGAUGGUACAACCUCAGAUAGUUUUCUCCAACAACCGGGAUAUCGCACUAUUCGACGUGAUCGCAAGAAAGGAGCUGGUGGCUUGAUAGCUUUUGUACGGGAAGAUAUUCCUGUCUGUCGACGACGUAAUCUGGAGCCCGAAUCAGUCGAAUCAUUAUGUCUUGAUGUCAUGGAUUCUAAAAAGGCUCGCUUUAUUGUGUGUGCGUGCUACAGAUCACCUAAAUUCUGUAAAAUUACUGAUUUCUUGUCGUCGCUUACAUCAGCUAUUGAACUUAUGUAUACAAGCCGUCAGGAAAUAUUAUUGAUUGGUGAUUUUAAUAUCGACUUGCUUGUUGGGGAGCACGGUGUUGUUGCUGAGGAUAACUCACUCAUGGACCUUUGUGAUAGGUUCUGUUUGCAAAACCAAAUUAGUGAACCGACAAGGGUGACUGAAAAAACAAAGUCUUUACUCGAUGUCAUUCUCGCUAGCCAUCCGGAACGAUAUGCAACUUGUGGUAAUUUGCAUAUGGGUCUCAGUGAUCACGAUCUUAUCUAUGCGGUGCGAAAGAAUAAAUUACCUAGGGCUAAGGCACGUGAAAUUGAAUACAGAAGUAUGCGACAAUUCGACUUAGAAAAAUUUUUAAAUGACCUAAAAACUAUUCCCUGGAGUUCCGCUUACAUUUAUGACGACGUUGAUGAUCUAUGGCACCAUUGGGCUCAAUUGUACACUGAAGUGUUGGACAAACACGCACCAAUAAAGAAAAAACGGGUCAGAGGUGAUCAGUUGCCAUGGAUAACUCCAUUAAUUCAACGCGAAAUCUCGCGUCGUAAUCGACUGUUUAAGAAACAUGCAAAGAGCCCAACAACAACCUCUUGGGAGGAAUUCAAGAAACAGAGAAACAAGGUCACAUCCCUGAAACGAAAAGGGUUGAAGGCGUUCUGCAUGGAGGCAUCGUCAAACACUAAACAUCAUGGUGAGUUUUGGAAUAAGUUAAGACCUUUGUUGCCAAGCAAAGAAAAGAAGCAAUCAAAGAUAAUUCUGAUUGAGAAUGAGCGUGUAAUUACCGAUUCAUUAAUGGUGGCUGAAAUGUUUAACAACUACUUUUGCGAGGUGUCCAGGAGUGAUGGUGACAGUAAGGAAAUGGUUGAGUUUGUUGAUCAUCCUAGCGUUAAAGUCAUUGCUGAGAAAACUUGUGAUGAUGUUUUUGACCUCGUCCCAGUUGAUGUUGGCUACAUAAGGAAAAUUUUGGAUUCUCUUGACCCUCGCAAGGCUGUUGGGUGCGAUAAGAUAUCUCAGAGGCUACUUCGUUUAUCCUCACCUGUUAUUGCCGAGCCGGUUACCCGAUUAAUCAAUUAUUUUAUCACCAACCGUCAAUGGCCAAUAGUUUGGAAAAGCAGCGACGUUGUUCCUGUUUUCAAGAAGGAAAGUAUGACAGAUAAGACCUGCUAUCGUCCAGUCUCUGUUCUGACUUCCUUAUCGAAAUUAUAUGAGAAGGUAUUGUUCGAUCAAAUCUAUGAAGCCUUUCAUUGGCGACUCUCACCGAACCUGUCUGGCUUUCUCAAGGGUCACUCGUGUUGCACGGCCUUAUUGAAAUUGACUGAAGAUUGGAGAGCCUGUCUUGACAGAAGAGAAGCUGUUGCAGCGGUGGCUAUCGACCUAAGUAAAGCUUUUGACUCUGUUUGUCACCCGCUUCUCCUAGCUAAAUUAAAGGCAUAUGGUUUUACGCAUGAUGCGCUGGAAACUAUGACCGCUUACCUUACUGGACGAAGACAGAGAGUCAAACUUGACGGUGUAUAUUCUUCAUGGAGAACCGUUAAAACUGGUGUACCACAGGGGUCCCUGUUGGGUCCUCUCCUAUUUAAUUUGUAUGUUAAUGAUCUUAAUUAUUUUAUUACUAGUACGUCCUUGAGGCUAUAUGCUGACGACACUACUCAUUACGCCUCUGAUGUCUCACCAACAGUAUUGCAGUAUAUAAUUAACUCUGAUCUGAGCGUUCUAUCGAGAUGGUUCUCAAUGAAUUUUUUACAGAUUAAUGCCGCCAAAACGCAAGCUAUCGCUAUUGGCCCGUCUUCAUACCAAUAUGAUUUCCAUCUUAAUGAUUCUAAUGUCCAUACAAAGGACACACUCAAAAUCCUUGGGGUGGUCCUAGAUAGCAAAUUAACAUUUAAAGCGCACAUAAAGCAACAGCUGAAUAAGGGAUGCGCAAAGGCUUCGGCUUUGCGGAGAAUACCUAGUAAACUUUGGAAUGCGCUACCCCCUAGACUCAGAGAAUCUCAAGAUAUUGCUUCAUUUAAGCGUUCUCUUAAAGCCCACAUGGCUUAA